AUGGCUGCCUUUUUAGGUAUUGCUUCAGGUGUUAUCAACUGCCUUAGUGGUGCAGUUGGAAUCAUGUCUGCAUUCAAAAAGACUCAUUCCAACCAAAUUAUCGGAAGUGGUCAAGGAACUGGCUUCUUCAAAUUUUAUUCGACAUUUAGUACUGGUGGACGCUCAAUGCGUGCUGAAAGAAGUGAAGCAUAUGUUAAAAAACAGAUUAAGAGGCUGUUGGCAAAACAAUCACCAGAAAUUCAAGACAAAAUGAAUGAAAUUAUUGAAUCAUUACAGGACGCUUUAGAAUUUCAGACAUAUGAUAUUGAAGAUCAUCGUUCCAUUAAUACUGUAGCAUUCAAUAAGCGAGUUGGUAAACUUUACUUCUACAUUUACGCAUUUGAAGGUAUUCCAGAGUCUAAAUUUGGUUACAUCGUUAAGCAUGAUGAUAUUAGGGUCGAAGUUGACAUGGAACUUGCAAAGGACUGGAUCAUUGUUUCAAAGAUGAAAUCUAGCUUCAUGAAGUGCACAAUGAACCAGGAAAUCCAGUACCUUCCAGACAAGUCAAUUGGCAUGACCGAAGUUAUCAAUGCCAUCUCUAUUGCAAUGGCUCCAGCAGCUUUAGGUCUUGUCAAAGUUCCACAGUCUUUCUUGAAUUGCAUGGGAGCUAUUAUUCAAUCUCAAGUUCAGAACCCAGAUAACAAGAUUGUCCCAUGUCCAAAUCCAGAGUUGGCUCAACAGGCACUUGGCGGCUUCCAGCAAAUGCUUGCUAACCAACAGCAAUCAGUCCAGGCAGCUCAGGAUGGCUUAGAUAAGAUUGAUGCUGGUCUCGGAAAGAUUGGAGAAACCAUCAAAGAAAAACCAGCUACAAAUUCUGCUGAAAGACUUCACCAUCGCCAGCACCAUUACCGCCAUUACGGUUUUGGAAUCCCUGAGACCCAUCGCUACCGCCACCAUCUUCCAUAUGAUCGCAUUUAA